UCCUGGGGGAGGUGGGGAGUGUCCAUACCCUGCUGUGCUGGGACAGAUUGCAGGUGAGUUAGGGAUGGCAGAGCCUGUGUCCCCUCAUGUCCCCACAAUCUGUGGGCUACUUUUGGGGUCCCCGUGCCUCAGUUUCCCCAGAUCACCGUCAAAGGGUGAGGGAGCAGCAAGGAGGAGCAGGGCACGCUGGAAAUGCCACAGUGCUGCUGAUUCCCGUUUUUUGUUUCCUUAAGAGCGGAAAAACAAACAAAAGGUUGUUAAAUAUCAUCCCAGCUGCUGCCACAGUGUCAGCCAGAGACUCUGAGCAAGAGAAGUGACCAGGUGACAGCCUGGCACACCCUCCUCAUGGCCAAAAGGGAAACAGAAGAGGGACAGGGAGGUGGGUAUGGGGUGGAAAGGGGCCUGGAGCACCCCAGGGCUGAGCUGAGAUGUGGUGUCCUCCCCAAGGGGAUCUCCAUCCUCAUCCCUGUGACCUGGGGGAGGUUUCUUGUACCCCUUUCCAGCUCCUGCUACCAUCCCAUCCUCAUGGACGUGGCUGCAGUCUCUGCCCACUGUGAGGUGAUGGGGGUCACUCCAAAGGGACCAGAAGCGACUCCAGAGGGACAGAAUCUGUGUCCCCCGCGAUGCCUCCAUUCAAGAAAUCCUCCUCAUGCCCCUCCUUUCCAGGCCCCUGUGUCCCAAAAGCAGCGUGGCUCUGUGCAGAGGUGCAGUGCUGUGCUCUGUGCUGGUCACUCGGGAGCCCAAGGAUGGUGUGGGAGGCAGGGAUGCUUUGUUGGCACCAAAGAUCAGCUCUAGGGCUGCUCCAGUGCUCUCCCCCUGCCAUCAGUGGGGCUCUGGGGGGUUUUGCAGCACAGUUUGGAAUCAGGGAACUGAAAUUCCGCAUUUUGGUUUCGCUGUCUGGCGCUGGGGCAGAGCUGGCACAGUGUGGGAUUCCCAGUGCACCCUGUUUGGUGUGUGUUGGUUCCAGGGCAGUGUCCCCCCCUCGGGACUCCCUGUGCCCUCUGCUUCCAGCUUGGCCAGAGCAGCAGAGGAGCCUUCUGCGGCUGCGGGGCUGCGGGCCAGGGCUGUGCCUUCCUCCAGAUCCCACCUUCCUCCUCCUCCCUGCCUGCUGUGGACAGAGCCAGCUCCUCAGAGCAGAGGCUCGGCGGGGGCUGAGGACAGGCAGCGAGCCCACAGGACACCAGAUUCCAUCGUCAGGCCAUGGCAGCCCAGCAUGUCAGCGGGCAGAAGCCCUUCCACGUCGUUACACCCGUCCUGGAGAGCCUGCCCCUCUCCAAGGCCGUGGGCACCAAGGUCUUCAUGAAGCUGGAGAAUGUCCAGCCCUCGGGAUCCUUCAAGAUCCGGGGCAUCGGGCACUUGUGCCAGGAUGCUGCCAAGAAGGGCUGCCACCACUUCGUGUGCUCCUCAGGAGGAAACGCGGGUCUGGCAGCGGCGUACGCAGCUCGGGAGCUGGGGCUGCCCAUCACCGUGGUGGUCCCCAGCAGCAGCGGCCCCACCCCCGUGCGCAAACUGGAGGAGCUGGGGGCCACAGUCGAGGUCUAUGGCAAGGUGUGGGAUGAUGCCAACAGGAGAGCCCAGGAGCUGGCUAGGACAGAGGGCUGGGUCAACAUCCCCCCCUUCGAUCACCCCUUGGUGUGGGAGGGUCACUCCAGCCUGGUCCGGGAGCUGAAGGACUCUCUGGAGGCCAAACCAGGCGCCAUGGUGGUGGCGGUGGGUGGCGGGGGGCUGCUGGCCGGUGUGGUGGCCGGCCUGCAGCAGGUGGGCUGGCAGGAUGUCCCCAUCAUCGCCGCCGAGACGCUGGGAGCCCACAGCUUCCACGAGGCGCUCAAAGCCGGCCGGCUCGUCACCCUGCCCGACAUCACCAGCGUGGCCACCUGCCUGGGAGCCAAGACGGUGGCGGCGCGGGCGCUGGAGUGCGCCCGGGAGUGCCAGGUGAUCUCGCAGGUGGUGCAGGACGCGGAGGCCGUGCGGGCUGUGGAGCAGUUCCUGGAUGACGAGCGGCUGCUGGUGGAGUCGGCGUGCGGGGCGCCCCUGGCCGUGCUGUACUCGGGGCGGCUGCAGCGGCUGCAGCAGGAGGGGCGGCUGCGGACCCCGCUGGACUCCGUGGUGCUCGUGGUGUGCGGGGGCAGCAACACGCACAUGGCCCAGCUGCGGGCCCUGAAGAGCCGGCUGGGCAUGGAGUGACACCGCCCCGGGUGCGGCAGGGCGUGUGACACAGCCCGGCUGCACACCCGGCUUGAAAUAACCAAAAUAAAGCCUGGGGACGCAGG